AUGCGCACUUCACGAACUUCCAAAGAUACCGCAAAGUUAUUACAGGCACUUUCGCCUCGAGCGACUCGGUCGCGUAAUGUCAGCGCAUUGAAGAAAUUCUCCUACGAUGCUAAACCUGCCAACACCAUCCCCGAACCAGACUCCGUCACGCCAAGUCUUUCUGCUGCUCGAAGCGACGAUGAAUCCUCCCUUUCAGAAGCAAAUACCGCAGAUAUCGAAGAUCUGAUUGAACCGCCUCCUAAGCGCCGGAAGCGUGCCAGCCCCUUGGUUCACAGCAAGAUCAAGGAGGAUCCCGACGAGAAGCCUAAACAGACCCCCAAGCCACGUCGUCUACCAGCACGCAAGACACGCGAUGCCGAUGGCGCUGUCAAGGUCGAACCACCAUCUAAUUGGGAGACUAUGUACGAUACCGUGAAGAAGAUGCGCGAGGACAAUCCCACGGCACCGGUAGACACGAUGGGUUGCGCGGAGUUAUACUGGCGAGAGUCAAGGGCAGAAGACAAACGAUUCCAAACGCUCAUCGCAUUGAUGCUCUCAUCGCAGACAAAAGAUACCGUCACAGCUGUCGCGAUGCAAAGACUACACACGGAACUCGGGUCGGAAUCUGAGAUCAAGCUCGAGGAACAGGUAAAUAUCAAAGUCGAAGAAGACGUCAAGAAGGACAGCACGCUUAAUCUGCGCAAUAUCCUUGCGGUCGAACCAACCCGUCUCAAUGAGCUGAUUCGUACUGUCGGCUUCCACAAUAACAAAACGAAAUAUAUCAAGGCCACCGCUCUGAUCCUCCGUGAUCAAUAUAACGGAGAUAUACCCUCGACGCCAGAAGGUCUAAUGGCUCUUCCAGGCGUUGGGCCAAAAAUGGCAUAUCUUUGCUUGAGCGCCGCAUGGGGCAAGCAUCUCGGGAUAGGUGUUGACGUGCACGUUCACCGGAUCACCAAUCUAUGGGGUUGGAACAAGACCAAGACGCCUGAGGAGACAAGGAUGGCCUUACAGUCUUGGUUGCCGCAUGAGAAAUGGCAUGAGAUUAACAAGUUGCUUGUUGGAUUGGGGCAGACAGUCUGUCUGCCUGUCAAAAGGCGUUGUGGGGACUGUUACCUUGCUGGCUCAGGGCUGUGCAAGAGUGAGGUUAAGGGAAUGGAGCCCAGUUUUCCCAGGAUCAAGGGUAGUCCGGUUGAUGAGCCAAAGAUCAAAAUUGAGGCAGUUUAA